AGUUUGCUUUCUAAAGCACAAGGAAUAGGUUCCAGCUCAGUCAAACUUCGAGGGAGCUCACUGUUUGUGAAUGUUGGGAAAUCAGAGAAGCAAGAAGAUGAUUUUAGACAAACACCUCAUGUGAACAUCAAUCCCUUCACUCCUGAUUCCAUGUUCCUUCACAACUCUGACAGAAAAUGCCGUAGGAGGAAGAGAACACACUGGAAUGACUCUUGUGGAGAGGAAAUGGAAGCAAGUGAUGGAGAGCCUGAAGAUGAAACUAUGAGACCUGCUAAGAGGAUAACAAUAACAGAAAGCAAUAUGAAGUCACGGUAUGCCACCGAGUUUCAUGAACUGGAGAAGAUUGGAUCUGGCGAAUUUGGGUCUGUGUUUAAAUGUGUGAAGAGGUUAGAUGGCUGCAUUUAUGCCAUAAAGAGAUCCAAGAAACCCUUAGCUGGCUCUGUGGAUGAGCAGAAUGCUUUAAGAGAGGUCUAUGCACAUGCAGUUCUGGGGCAGCACUCGCAUGUCGUAAGGUACUACUCUGCGUGGGCGGAAGAUGAUCACAUGCUUAUACAGAAUGAAUAUUGUAAUGGUGGCAGCUUAGCUGAUGCCAUCAGUGAAAAUUACAGGAACAUGCGUUAUUUCACCGAGCCGGAGCUGAAGGACCUGCUGCUUCAGGUGGCUCGAGGUUUAAAGUACAUUCACUCAAUGUCACUGGUACACAUGGAUAUCAAACCAAGUAAUAUUUUCAUAUCUAGGACAUCAGUGCCAAGUUUAACUGUGGAAGAAGGUGACGAUGACGACUGGGUGUCUGACAGAGUCAUAUUUAAAAUAGGUGACCUUGGUCAUGUAACUCGAGUAUCUAGUCCACAGGUGGAGGAAGGUGAUAGCCGUUUUCUUGCGAAUGAAGUCCUACAAGAGAACUACACCCACUUGCCAAAAGCAGAUAUUUUUGCUCUUGCUCUGACUGUUGUCUGUGCUGCUGGUGCUGAACCACUUCCAACUAACGGGGACCAGUGGCAUGAAAUUCGACAAGGAAAACUACCCAGGAUACCACAAGUGCUUUCUCAGGAGUUACUGGACUUACUCCGCGCUAUGAUUAAUGCUGAUCCAGAGAAAAGGCCUUCAGCUGUGGCACUGGUCAAGCACUCGGUGCUUCUCUCUGCCGCAAAAAAGAGCGCAGAGCAGCUCCGGAUAGAGCUGAAUGCUGAGAAAUUCAAAAACUCACUCUUGCAGAAGGAGCUGAAGAAGGCACAGAUGGCCAAGGCUGCAGCUGAGGAGAGAGCACUGUACACUGACAGAAUGACCACAAGAUCUGCCACACAAAACAGACCAUCUCGACUCAUUGGGAAGAAAAUGAAUCGCUCACUUAGUCUCACUAUAUACUAACUAUAAAGUCUAAAGGAACUGCUGAGGUGUUUGUAGCCUCUCUGCUGGACUGAAGCCUAAGGAACUGAAGGAAGCAUUCAGUUCUGGAUUCUUGUCCUGCCUCUG